AUAAUUAUACUUUAUAUAAAAUUUCAAUACUCUAUAAAAGGAAGUGAAAUCUAUUGCAAUACCAGUGAUACAUUUGAGUAGACAUAAAUCUUAAAUCUUAUUCAAAUUAUUGUGAAAAGGAAGUAAAAUUGAUAACUGGAUAAAAUGGCAGCUAAGGGUGGUGAUAAUGCAUCAGAUGAAAUAACAGGCAUCAAAUGUUGCGUGUGUGCUGGGAAAAAUAUUAUGCGAGAAUCUGAAAAAUAUUGUGUAGAAUGUCAGGACUAUUUCUGUAUACCAUGUACAGACACCCACAAAACUUUUCCAUUAAUGAGAGGGCAUAAAUUGCUGGAUAAAGCUGAUUUCAGUACACAUGGUCUACGGUCAUCUUUACUGUCCUUUCCAACAGAGAGAUGCCCGAUUCAUAAAGCGAAACUUUUGGACAUGUUCUGUAAGAACCAUGAUGAGGUUGUCUGUGCCACCUGUGUAGCUAUAAAUCACAGAACAUGUCAGGAUAUACACUCCAUUCCUGAUGAAGUUGACAAUCUGUACAAACAGUCAGCUUCUGAUCAAACCAAGAAACAACUCCUAGCAGCAAAGAAGGAGGUAAAAGAUAUAAAGAAAGCCAAACAACAAAUCAUCAGUGAGCUAAAGAAACAAAAGCAGAGAGCAAUUGAUUCUAUCUCAAACUAUAGAAAAGAACUGGAAGCCGAACUCAAGAGACUUGAAACUGAAUCACUCAAGGAAGUUGAUGCACAGUUUAACAGUAUGGAAAGAGAUCUACAGAGCGAGAUCAAAGAAGCUGAGGAGUAUAUUGAUGACCUGGAACAAUCUAUUGGCAAGCUGCAAAAGUGUAAUGGAAAUAAAGCCCAAGAAUUUGUAUGUGUCAAAGCAUCCCAGAAAAAAAUUAUUCAAACUAAAAGUUCCACAAGCUCCAUUCAAAAACAAACAGAAGCGAAAAUAAGUUUUUCUGCUGAUAUGAAAAUAAAAAACUACCUAAAGCAGCAGAAAUUAUUAGGACAGUUGUCUACAGCAGAAGCAACUUACAAGCCAAGAAGCACAGCAUACAAAGCGAAACAGCACAGGAAUAUUGAUAUUAAGCUUAAAGAAGACAAAACUACAUGUAGAAUAUAUGGAUCCUGUUUUACUGAAGAUGGUUCCUUGCUGCUUGCUGAUUUAUAUAGUAAAAAGUUGAAACAUCUGAAUAUGUCUACAUAUACCAUCACAGAUCAAAAAGAUCUGGAGGCAGGACCUAUUGAUGUAUGUCUCACCAGUAAACAAGAAGCUGCAGUAAGUCUGAACAACAGAAUAAUACAGUUUGUAUCACUAGGAGACAAGAUGACAACAACAAGGAAACUGAAGAUUGAUCAUCACUGUUCUGGUUUGGCCUUCACUGAUGGGAAGUUUUUCAUAUCUGAUCAAGAGAAAACAGUUUAUAUUCAUGAUAUAAGUGGCACCAUGUUACAUAAAAUUACAAAUGACAAGUUUGGCAAACCAGUUUUCACUUCCAGUAGACAUAUAAGUGUGAGUACAAACAGGGACUGUGUGUAUGUGGCUGAUAAUGAAAAAGGUGUGAUAACUCUAGACGUACAGGGAAAUUUUCUAUCAACAUUUACUGAUCCUGAUUUAGUUUGUCCUCAGGGAGUAUGUACAGAUAAGAAAGGAAACAUACUGGUCUGUGGAUUUGGAUCAUCAAAUAUUGUCCAGAUAAGUGAGGAUCUAAAAACAAAGUUAGGCAUAUUCAAAACAGAACAACUUCCAUUAUCGGUCUGCUUUGAUUCUCACCACAACAAACUAGUUGUUACUCAUGAUGUAAGCAAUACUGUAAAAGUCUAUGAGCUGGAGUAAGACACAUUAUCUGCUGCUGAUCGACACCACAGCUAGAAACACUGAAUGACCUCAUAAGAUACUGACACAACGUGGGUCAUAUGGCGACAUUCCAGCUUUAAUGACAGAUGAAAACCCUAUGUGCCCUCCAGGUACUGUUUCAGGCAUAAGCAUGCACCUGGGUAGAACCACUGACCUUCAACAGUUUGAUGGCUUCCUUGUUUGACACACUAAGCAAGAACUGACACACAGAAAGCUGAGGGGCAAAUGAUUCUACUAGUAAGUGACCUUAAUCAUUCUGCCACAAAGUCCUGUAUGAAAGUCCUUUUAAGUUUGAUUUCUUUUACAAACAUAAAAAACUUCCUGUUUACAGACUUUUCAACAAGCAUGAAAACAGGAACAUACACAAUAAGAACAUUAAUAAUUCAAACACUAUAAGAACUUCAGGUGGACUAUCAAAUAUAUACUUAGGGACAAAAUUUUGCAUGUUUCACAUAAAAUGAAAAAUAAAAAAGAAAGACAAGAAUGCAUAUUGACAGUAUUGAAAUGUAAUAGCCAAAUCAGUUUAUUAAUACACAAUAUACCAAAAUUUUACUGAAUUUCAAAAAAUAAAAAUAAAGGUCUUAUACACAUUUUCGUAGGACCACAAUCAAAAUCAGUUAAACAUGUUAAUUGACAGCACCGCUUUAUAUCAUGUGUAUCCACUAUUUGUUUUAACAAGAGCAUCAUAUCUCUCUCUUGUAAUAUAGAGCACUGAUGGAAAAAUGUGCAAUUUUAAAACAUACUGAAAAUUUAAUAAAAGAUAUUCUAUGAUUGUCACCUAAGCUCGAUUCAUGUUGAAACGAAAAAAAAAAUAUAUUGGCCAACAGUAAGCAGGGGCAGAAUGGGAUGGGUGAGUCCUGACCAAAUGUCUGUGAGGAAAGCCCUAAACUAACUAUUAAGUGGAAGAAUGGACAAACUCAGUCUUUUGAGACUCGACUAGUCCAUUCCCCCACAUAACAUUUUUCAGCUUAUCUCUUUUAUUUACAUGUCAUCUGUUCAUUUACAGCUGAAAACUGUGUAUUACUGCGCAUUAGGUAAAAUGCCAUGGCUUUUCAGUAACAUAGCAGGAUUUUUUAGUUGGGUUUAACGUCACACUGACACAAUUAUAGGUCACAAGGUGACUUUCCAGCUUUGAUGGUGGAGGAAGACCUCGGGUGCACCUCUUUGCAUUAUUUCAUCAUGGACGAGCACCUUGGUAGAACAACCGACCUUCCGUAAGCCAUCUGGAUGGCUUCCUCACAUGAAGAAUUCAACGCCCAGAGUAAGGCUUGGACCCACAUCGGUUGAAGUCAGUAGCCACAGAGGCUCUUGACAUAACAGGAUUACUUAACUAAGAACAGGUGCACAGAUGUCAUGAAGUCAACACUUUUAAAUGAUACACAAAAGAAAAUGUUAUUUUUCAGUAGUUAAGUUAUUGUGUGUGAUGUAAAUCUGGACAUUGGAAAAGAAAUAUACAUGUACUGUAAAAUCAUUAAAUUUUGUGGGCAUGAAAUUUCAUGUUUUUGGUCAUAACGGCAAUUUCAUCGGGAUAUGAAUUCGUGGGUUUCAACUUUUGAACAUAAAAUGGACAGGAAUUUUACUUGUUCUCUGGGAUUAAAUUUCAUGGAUUAACUAAGCCACAAAAUCCAUGAAAAUUAGUCCCCACUAAUAUUAAUGAUUUCACAGUAUGUAAAUUUCUUGGUGAAUUUACUGUUUGGUAGUUUUGAAAAAAGUGACUUAGAGCAUCUUUUAGUGUAAGAUUUAAGUUAAUCCAAUUGAUAUUAAAAAAGUUAUGGGCUAUAACAUUGUAUAAUUUUCCCCGAUUAGGAACUGAGUUGCUGUUAAAACAAAUACAUGCUUCUUAACACAUAUUUUGUAUUCACUUGUGAUUAUUUGUAUGUAAAUAAACUGUAUGUUUUAACCUUUAUGCAAAUUUAGAGAACAUGAAAAACUGCACCUUUGCUUACAUGUCUGCUAAUGGAUUUCAUCUAUAGCUAGAGCAGGCCAAUUAAAAUAAUUCAUUAAUAUUUUUACGAUGAAAAUUUUACUAUCCCAUAAAUGAUGUUAUUUUUAGUUACACUGAAUUAUAUAUAUUUUUAGAAGUAAUCCUUAACAAGAGCUGUCAGUAAGACAGCGCGCUCGACUUUUCUCAGUGCUUGACUCUGAAUUAGAGCUUUGCCAGUAAACAAAAAUCCAAGUUAAAAAGGGACAUAACUCUGUCAAAAUUCAAAUCACAGUAUUGGGGAUUGUGUCUCCUGGUGUAGACUUUGAUAAUAAACAACUAUUUUGAGUUUCAAGUCAAAAGCUUUAAUAGUAAUAGAGAUAUUUGACUUUAUCAAAAAUUUUAACAAAAAACUCAUAGUUAGAAAGGGACAUAAUUCUGUAAAAAUUCAAAUCAGAGUUAUGGGGAUUGUUUCUCCUGGUGUAGACUUUGAUGGUAAACAAGUAUUUUAAGUUUCAAGUCAAAAGCUUUGAUAGUAACAGAGAUAUUUGACUUUAUCAAAAUUUUUAACCAAACAUUCUGAGUUAAAAAGGGGUAUAACUCUGUCAAAAUUCAAACUAGAGUUAUGGGAAUUGUGUCUCCUGGUGUAGAUUUUGAUAGCAAAUAACUAUUUUGAGUUUCAAGUGAAAAGCUUUAAUAGUAACAGAGAUAUUUGACUUUAUCAAAAAAUUUAACAAAAAAUUCUAAGUUAAAAUGGGGCAUAAUUCUGUCAAAAUUCAAAUCAGAGUUAUGGGGAUUGUUUCUUCUGGUGUAGACUUUGAUAGUAAAUAACUAUUUUAAGUUUCAAGUCAAUAGCUUUGAAAGUAACAGAGAUAUUUGAUUUUAUCAAAAACUUUAACCACCAUUGUACGCUGGGGCGAGUACAAUUAGUUUAUUAUAGCUCUACUUUUUCUUCGAAAAGUCGAGCUAAAAAUGGCCCUUAGAUGUGAAGAUCUUAAUUUUGAUGGUCGUACUGGAUUUUUUGGGAGAAAUUGUGUUAUUUUUUGAUACCUGAUUACCGAUAAGGUAUUUGCAAUUAGGCAAGUACUGAUAAAAUGAAGUUUUGCUCUAGUUUAAGUUUUUGUUAUUAGUUUUUGAUGACAUGCAUUUUAUUUCUUGCAUUUGAUGAGAAAAUGUUUUGCAUAUUUGGGAAAAUGUCAUUGAUCAAUCAGACUGCAGCAUUUAGAUGCUUGUCUAAACGUAAUAUGGGCUUAUCAGUUUUUGCUUUGCUGAUGUAGUAAACCUGGGUUUUUGCAUGUGAAUAUAUUGUUUUUUGUGAAAUAUCUUUGAGAAUUUACUGUUUUAAUGAUACUUAUUUAGACAGUAUCUUAAUAUGCAACUUAGGAGUAAGUUUCAAGUUAAUCGGAUCAAUAUUGAUAAAGAUACCAGCAAAACAAUUAUUGUAUAAUUUUUGCGGACUAGAAACCAAGUUGCUGUAAAAAAAUACAUGUUUCUAAAUACAUAUAUUUUAUUUUGAUAUGAUUAUUUCUAUCUUUAAUAUGUUGUAAAUAAAUUUUAUAUUUUAACCUAGAUGUAAAUUUAGAAAUGACCCCGAGAUGUGAAGAACUUUAGCAGCUAUUGGAAGAAAUUGUGUCAUUUCCAUGUCAAUUCUUACACACUUGAUUUAAGUACCCAGUAUUUGUAAUUUGAACUUUAUGGAUAAGAUUGAAGUUUUUCCUUUAGUCUAAUUAGUACGUUUUUGUUGUCGGUUUUUGAUGACAUAAUUUGCAAUUAGGCAAGUACUGAUAAUAUGUAGUUUUUGCUCUAGUUUAAGUUCUUUAUGAUAAUAUUUGGUGACAUGCAUUCCAUUUCUUGCAUUAUUAUCCAAUAUAGCUGCUAGAGUUCUUCGCAUCUCAAUUUCUUGCAUUUGAUGCAUGAGCCCAUAAAUCUAACGUAUAUCUUGGGAAAAAUUAUUGACCAUUCAUACGGCAGCAAUUAUUGCUUGCCCAUAAAUAUGGGCUUACACGUUAUUUUGUCGCUCUUCUAGUUUACAUUUCUUCUUAAGAUUUGAAAUAAUUUUGAAAUUUAGUCAAUUUUAGGAAGUUUGGAUUUAAUUUUUGAUGGAGAAAUAAAACUUUGAAAUUUU